AUGUCCGCCAUUAGGGAUAUUAUCCUUAAACCAACGGAAAAAGAUGCGUAUGAAGUUCUGAAGGCUGCAGUCCUUCAGUUCUUUACCCCCACUAACGAGGAGAGGUUGCGCCAGUUGCUGGCUCGUGACCCGAUCGGAGACAUGAUGCCAUGCAGGCAUCUGGCGCGUCUACGCUCGCUAGCCGGCCCAGCAAACGCCCACUCUGACAGUGUCAGAGAGCUGUGGCUCGAGUCGUUGCCACGUCACGUCCAACCGACGAUAACGGCUCUGCUGGAAGAUUCUUAA